AUGCUUCCUUUUCUUACAAAAAUCCACCCGCGUAUCUUUCAAUUUGUAUCUAUGUCCGUCUGUCUUUCUUUCCCGCUUCUUUUAUUUCCCGCGUCUCUCUUUACUCUGUCGUCUGUCCUUUUGCUCUUUUCUUUUUGCGUCUUCGUCUGUGCAAUUUGCGCGUGCUUGCUGCGUUGCGUAAUUAUUCGUAUGUCACGUGUGACCAAACAGUUUGCUGGCUUCCUUUACAGGUUUUUGUUCCUGGCGCGAGGCAAGGGACAGCGAAGAAGAAAGAACAGAAGCAUAAACACACAUACUCUAUCUAUCUGUCUCUCUAUCUAUCUAUCUCUUGCUCGCAAACACACUGAAAAUCACGCAAACUCUCUCUCUCUCUCUCUCUCUCUCUCUCUCUCUCUCUCUCAUACACACACACAUACAACCACAAUGAAUCCAUUUUUCCUCUUGCUUUCUCUUCUUUUCUCUCUCUGUCACUUUUUCUCUCUCUUUCUCUCUUUCUUUCUCUCUCUCCCUGUGUCUCUUUCUCUCUAUCUCUUUUUCUCUCUGUCUCUGUCUCUUUCUCUCUCUCUUUCUCUCUGUCUAUCUGUCUCUCUUUCUGUCUCUCUCGCUCUUUUUCUCUGUCUCUUUUUCUUUAUCUCUUUUUCUCUCUGUCUCUAUCUCUUUCUCUCUUUCUCUCUCUCUCAGUCUCUGUCUAUCUAUAUCUUUCUGUCUCUCUCAAUCUUUCUCUCUGUCUCUCUCUUAUUCUCUGUGUGUAUGUCUAUUUCUCUUUCUCUUUGUCACUCUGCCUCACUUUCUCUCUGA